CUGGUCAUUCAGAUUGGAACCUAUCAGAUCCUCACUUGUUCUUGACGGAGUAUUUCAACAGAUCGUUUCGUGUUGCGUUAUACUACAGACGGGACUAUGAUGAUCCCAAGCGUCCUUGCGCCUAAUGCGAUGUACCCAGGCCUUUACCGCCCCUCCGCAGCCUUGCCGCUCCACCAGUCCCUUCAGAACGCGUUUCCAACCCACUCCAGCUUCCUAGUGGAGGACCUGCUGCGGAUAAGCAGGCCGGCGGGGUACCACCUCAGCCGGACGCUCCCCUCAGCAAGCGUCUCCCCGGCGACAACCACCACCACCAUGUCCUUCAGUGCCAUGCCACAGGAGCGCAUCAUCUCUCCAACUGCCUUGACGCGUGAAUCAUGCUCGCCGAAAACGUCACAACCGAGCAGUAAAGACCCAACUUAUCUUAAGUUUGGAGUCAGCGCAAUCCUUGCACCAUCACCAAAGACCGGUAAGUGUGAUGUUGGGAAAGUUUUACCUUCUUUCUAAUUGGUAAUUUUAGCAGUUUCUUACACUUAGCAUAUUGUAAAACAGAUAAAACAUGGUUUGUCUCUUCAUGAGUGUUGCCUUGAUUGUUGGCGUUCCUUGACACAUGGUAUUUUCCUCUACAGCAUCGUUGCCACCCGCCAUCCACCACAGUAUGCACCCCAAGGCUUUCUCUCUCCCCUACUUCGACGGAUCCUUCCACCCCGCCUUCUUCAGGACUACAUAUUUCCCAGGUAAAGAACUAAUCAUGCACUUUCAGACACCGUUGAAUUGCACUUUGUGCACAGUUGAUACUCACCCCUCGCCUGGGACAACGUUCAGAACUUUUCAUUUCAAAAUGUUUUAUAGAACGACUUUCCAUAUGGACUCGAAAUAAUGCUUUGAGUGCUUUCUGCAAAGCUCUGAAAGUUGCACCUUUUUGCAAAUGCCCUGUAUAGGCACGCAUAUCAUUGCAAAACUUAGCUUGUGAACUUUUCAGUGCUUUCAGAGUGGGUUUGGUGUGGUGUGGGUGGGUGGGAUUGAUUCAAUUUGCACUGACAUCUCUGCUGCUGAGCUCUUUGGUCGCUAACAUAGCCCUCUGUUCCCCAACUGCUAAUUAACCAAUUAUCCGGAAUCAUCACUGUUUAAUUUCGAGGCGGGCUGCGGGUCGGUCUCGUCCCCCCACGGUCUCCUGCAUUAAGGCCAUUUUGCAGUCUCCUCCGCACAGUCCCGCGUUUUCCCACAGGGCAGGGGCACUGGGCCACUUGCUGCCAACAAUGCUUUCAGCACCAUGACCGAUUUGGUCAGCUCCCCCCGGCGCAAGCCACCCACGCACCCCAGAGUGACUUCUACCAGGCGGGCAAGAGGCGUGGACCAGUCAUGCACUAAUUUCCCUAUUAGGCGCCAUUCACAGCUCUCAAUAUUCUCACAAGACCACAUAGCUCGUUGUUGUGCCUGAUUAUGAGUUGUGGAUAUGGAGGUAGUCUUAGCCCAAGUUAUUUGGCAAUGAUUGAUAUGCUUAUAGAUAGGCAUACAUUUGCAAGUGUGCUAUAAUUCAGUGGUUUGGAAAUAAUUAUUCUUUGCAUGAACAAUAAUCAAAUCAGUGCACAUUAAACAUUUUCAGUGUUUUACUAUAUCCAUGACCUGAAAAACACACCAUGCCUUAAACGUCCCCCUUCCUCUCUCAGUUUUUAAACCCUGGGGCCAAUCAACAGGGCAGGAUAAAGAAUAAUCUCUUAGAAAAGUCUAUAAAGUCGCUAGUCCGUGCUUUCAUUCAGACAAACCAUAAUGGAGUUGGAGUCUUUUCAUGGGCUGCGCUGAAUACCUUCACAAAACAGCUCGAGCGCCCUGAAUAGCUUUUCGUGUUCAUUUAAUGAAAAUGAUUUGAGGGCAGAAAAAAUGCACCCUGGGCCCCUCCGCAUCAGUAUUCAGGUAUGCAGUGGUGUUUAGUUUGAAAGUGUAAAUCUCCUUUUGUUGCGAUAAUAUAUGGCCUUCGCAGCCUGUCCAGAGUCUUUUCUGCGUUAGUUCAUUACUACACAAUUACCGUUCACGGUUUAUUAACUCCUCUAUCCGCCCUCGCGGGGUUCCUUAAAGGAUAUGCUGCCUCUUUACCAUACCAAUGCGGCUGGGGACCGACCAAUGUGCUAAUUAGUCACCUCGUGCCAUUUCACUCAAAAAGGAGACUUAUUCCGCGGCCAAAUGGGGGAAGCAUAUUCAAUCAUAACAGAUUGCAAAGUUUGUACAGAAGUGUAAAAAAGUAGGCUAGUUGGCUAAAGAAAUAGCCUUCCAGGGGACCGACGUUUUAACGUCUAUUUUAAGCCUAUUGCUAUGUUUUGACCUGAUUUUAUGAAUUAACGUUUCCCCCUCUCCUCCUCUAUAGCAUCUUCAUCGGUCGUGCCCAUCCCCGGGACCUUCUCUUGGCCACUGGCCAACAGAGGAAAGCCGAGGAGAGGGAUGCUCAGACGGGCAGUGUUCUCUGACGUGCAGCGCAAAGCUCUGGAGAAGAUGUUCCAGAAACAGAAAUACAUCAGCAAACCAGACAGAAAGAAGCUGGCCUCAAAGCUCGGUCUCAAAGACUCACAGGUAAAUAAUUGACUUUUAUUGCCCAGAGCUAAACUGUGCGUAAUACGUGCAUAAUUACUCUUUCCAUCGCAUAUGCAUGCUAAAGUUGAUACUGUGUGUAUUACUGAAACUCUGUAAUAAAGUCAACCUCUACAAACUGAAACUGAACUAACUGGUUAUAUUAUUCCUUCUCCUUCGCCAGGUUAAAAUCUGGUUCCAGAACCGCAGAAUGAAGUGGAGGAACUCUAAAGAGAGGGAGCUCCUGUCGUCAGGAGGUUGUCGCGAGCAGACCCUGCCCACCAAAACGAACCCACACCCAGACCUCAGCGACGUCGGCAAGAAGUCCUCCGCGGAGGAAGAUGAGGAGGACGAGAUGGGAGAGGACCCAUUCGGCGCUAGAGGCGCGCCUGGCCUUUGCCAUUCCCCCGCCGCGGGGCGCGAGCUGUCCAACAGCGGCGGAUCGAACCUCUCGUCGCCAUCUCUCUCCAGCAAGCACUCGGAAUUUUCAGAAUCGGAUGAAGAGAUCACAGUUUCUUAAUUUAUUUAUAAAAACUCAAAGAUAUGUUUAUAAAAUGGUUAUCCACAGAUGAACUGUACCUAUGUGACCAGGUUUGCAAGAGGCUGUAUCCCUUAAUUUAGGCCCAACUAGUAAGAAUAAAUGUAUUUCUUUCAUAUUCCAAAUUUUUUUAAACAAUGAACUUCUGUCAAAUAAAUUUAGGCUACAUCCCUGAUUAUUUAUUUUUAAAAUAACUGCAGGGUUUAUUUUAUAGGAAGGCCCUAGCCCCCACCAAGAGGGCAAUUUUCUUUUAGUGGCCCCCCCUCUUGACAG